UAUUAUAGGCAUAGGUAGCGGCUGGCCAGCAGUUCAUCGACAAAGCCAUAAAAUAUUUACAACCAAAUAUAGAGUAUUUAGAUUAUGGUAUGAAAUUGGCUUCAUGCGAAACAACGGUGGGAAAUAUUAUUAAAGAAUUGUUAAUUCUAUUACCGACAAUAACGGAUAAUAUCAAAUGCACAAUUCCCACGUGUACGAAAAAUAAUCCUUUGUUUUCGUCGUACAUUACAAUACUUGUAAUGAAUGGGAAUUUAAAUUUGUUGGAAGAAGACAUUAAAGCUAGAUUAAUGGUUGAAACUUCCAAAUGUCAAAAUCGAAAUCGAAAAGGAGUGAAUUGCAAUGGAAUUAGAACAGUUGAACCAAAAAUUUCUGCAAUACAUUUAUUUAUUGAAUUACUCAAUUGGGAAGAGAAUCCAACCAACCAAAAUUUCGAUUCCGAAGUGGCCGAACAAGUUUUGAUAAAUUUAGAAAAUGUGCCUCAAAUUUUAAAUGUGAAUAAUGUCCAGUACCAUUUAAGAGGAAUAUGUUCUCACGCGCAUGAGGUAAACGGUCAAAUAAACGAUAUAGGACAUUACCGUGCCUACUGCAGAAGAAAUGGUGGAAACUGGGAAUUGUACGACGACCAACGACUUAAGUCCGUCCCGAUAAAUUCCAAAACUAAAGUUCCAUGUGAACUAUUAGUAUAUUCAAUAUAA